AAUUCUUUUUGAAAUUUACGAUUUAGUGUAUAUAUUUAUCAACCGGGUGUAUUAAUAUGCUAAAAGGAUUGUAGAAGUUGAUAACUUUCAUUUAAAAGAUAUAUGUCAACAUGUCAUGUACAGGGUGUCAAUAAAUGAAACUUGACGGGAUUGACUUGAGAUCAUAACUUUUUUACAUACCUUGACUAUUUAUCAAUAUUGAAUUGGCGAUAAUGUGUAGUAAGAGUGUUCAGUAUCUGAAAGUGACUAGGUAAAGCUGAAGUUUUGAGGCUUCAAGUGAAACGUUGGUGAUAAUAAAUUCAAAAUGAAGAGGAACCAAAUAAAAAAGCCAUUUUAUGAUAUGAAAGUAACUUUUUCAAGACUUGAUGAGAUAACCUCAAAGACACGUGCACGUGCGAACAGGGUUAAUAUGCUAGAAGAAGCACGCCUUCAAACAAUGCAGAAAAUAAUUGAAAAGGAGGAAAGAUUUAAAAGCAAUAUUCUUGAUCGCAUGUUAACACGAUCAGACCGCUCUCACAAACGAUUAAAAGGUUAUGAAAGUGUUUUGAACGAUCAAUACCGAGCGAAAGAAUUUGACACACUUAAGAAAAGAGGAUAUAAACGACCUUGGGUACAGUCUCCUAAAUCUGCAAGACAUUUCGCCCAAGAAAUUAGAAUCUAUCAUGGCGGGUACGAUCGAAGGAACUUUGAAAAAGAAAUAGAAAGAAAAAUCAGACAAGUUGAUCCAACCCGAGUACAGAAAAUAUUGCGUAAAGUUUUAACUGAACAAAGUCAAACUAAAUCUAAUUUCAUUGCGGACAGAAAUUUGGAAACUACAGAGUUUUAUGAAGCUUUCAAACAGAAAAUGAACCCCAAAAUACGUGUAGACAGACACGGUAAACAUAUAACAGUGGACAUGCGAGAGAGUAGUUUACAAUCGAGACAUUCGAGACACACAACAGAAUGAUAUAUAAUUAAUGUUCAGUUUUGUUACGUUUCAUUGCAAUUUAAAACAGAUAUUAGGAAAUACACCAUAAGACUUUUCA